AUGCCUGGCGAACCAGACGAUAUCCGACGAGCGGCGGCCAAGGGGGCGGCUAAGCUCUUGUUGCAAUUGCAAAGCCCAUCCUUCAACGACAAUGAGAUGAACUGGUUGCAUCGGAACCUCCCCGAGUUGAUCCGUCUUUCUCGCCAACCGGAAGCGUGGUGGAGAACGCAACUCGGCAUGCGGAGCGCGGUUAACGUCGAGGAGAAGAGGCUACGAUGCAUCGAUGCGGACGCUGUGCCGGCUGGUGAAGGGGCAAUGCUGGCUCCAUCUACCGCUCGCGCCGAGGAUGUCGAGCAAAAGUCCCUGGAAGGAGCUCCCCGUCAAGAAGGUGCGCUGAGAGAUAUGGAUGCCAACGACCAGGCAACGGUCGCGACUGCGAACGCGGGGGGAAGAUCCCUCGAAGCCACAUGCAGCCCGUGUCCUGCAGAUGCAGUGCAUUUACCUCAAUCGAUGGUACUCGCGCUGCUGCUCCUCGGCAGUCUUGGAUGGGUUCUAGUAGGGUUCCUCAUUGGGAUGGUGGCGACGUUUGGCGUUCUAUACAUAGCUUGGUAG